AUGGAGGAUUCUGAAACCAUUUAUGGUUUUGAUUAUGAAUAUGGGCAUUACAGCAAUUACACCUAUGACAAUGUUACUCCUCAUGAGGAGAAGGUAGCUUUCAAAACCCACAAGUCAUGCUUCACGGAGGUUUCAUGCGUCUCCCUCAUGGUGGUCAAUGUGGUUAUAUUCUUGCUAGGGGUUUGUGGGAAUGGGGUGGUCAUCUGGAUCGCUGGUCUCAAGAUGAAAAAGAUGGUCAACACCACCUGGUACCUCAGCCUGGCAGUCUCCGACGUCAUAUUCUUUGCCUGUCUACACUUCAACAUUUACACGGUAACAAAGGAGUGGAUCUUUGGGCUCUUCAUGUGCAAGUUCACCUCUUUUGAUAUUCCUGAACAUGUUCAGCAGCAUCAUCCUCCUGGUCGUCGUCAGUGUUGACCGCUGUGUGUCAAUUAUGUUUCCAGUGUGGGCUUAGGACCACUGCACCAUUUUCAAGGCCUUUGUAUUGGUGGUCCUGGCCUGGGUUGCCUAUGUCGCACUCAGCAUCCCCUCCUUGGUGUUCAGCGACGCCAAGACUCAUGUAGGGAAGAGCAUGUGUUUCAAUAACUACACCGACCAACAUAGCCACAAGACGAUCGCAGGGGGUUCAUCAGGGGGUUUAUGCUCCCAUUCCUCAUCAUCUUCUGUUACUGUCAUCAUCCUGCAACUGAGAACCAACCGUAUGAUGAGCAAGCCCUUCGAAGUUGACUGCCCUGAUAGCCUGAUAGCCACGUUCUUCAUCUGCUGGCUGCCCUACCAUGUCUUUGUUUUGCUUGAGUUGAUCCACCAAAGCUACGACCUGGAGGUUAUAAGAGCUGGACUGAUGGUGGGUAACACUGUAGCCACAGCUAACAAUUUCCUCAACCCAAUACUGUAUGUUUUCAUCCAUCUUAGACAGCUCCAUAGUGUCUAAGAUGGAGAAUGCCAUGGGAGAGGAGGGCUGCACCACCAGCCACUACCUCUCCAGGUCCAGCUCCAUGGAGAGCAGCCGCAGGGACUCCACACAUAUCUAAAUGUCUGAGGAUGGUAAGGCCUCAGUGGCGGCAGAGACUAAGAACACAAUUUUGUUCAGCAAUGCUUUGCCUUGUUGAAAAGUCAUGUAAGGUGUAUUUUCACUUGAGGGUCUAAGAGACUAAUGAUAAUUGUCAUGCAUUUGUACAAUCACAAGUCGUGUUCUUUGUCUCUUGUUAACAUUCUGUCCAACCAGUUUGAUUUGUUUCUCUCAUGAGCAAACUGAGUAUUGUGAUGAGUACUGAGGAUAUGAAGAGGCAGGACGCAGACGCAGGAAUCAACAAUGUAAAGGUUUACUUAACACUGAGCAAGAGAAAAACAAAGAGCGAGUACACGACAAGACACUGACAAUCACACACAACACAACACUGAACAGUCCAGGGCUAUAUAGGGGUGGUGAUGAGCUGAGGUGCAGGUGCGCUGGAGGUGAUUAGGGCAUUGGGUUUCCAUUCCGGUGUUGCUGAUGUGGUGCGCUCAGACCGGUGGCUCAGUAGACCGGCGAAUCAGAGUGCCGGAGGGGAGCAACAGGAGGAGACGUGACAAGUAUGGUCUUGUGAAGAUAUUGGUCACACUUUAUUUGGAUAAUCCAGAUAACCUUAAUGUUUCUUAUACAAAUAAGUAAUGCAGUCAGUCUCUCCUCAACUCUUAGCCAAGAGAGACUGGCAUACAUAGUAUUCAUAUUAGCCCUCUGGUUACAAUGAUGAGCAUGACGUGCCGCUCUGUUCUGGGCCAGCUGCAGCUUAACUAGGUCUUUCCUUGCAGCAGUCGACCAUACGACUGGACAAUAAUCAAGAUGAGACAAAACUAGAGCCUGCAGGACCUGAAACAUACAGAUGUAGGAUCUUAAUUUGUGCCAGUUUUCUGCAGCAGCAACAGGAAAUGUGAAUUAUAAUUUGGGUUAUACAUUUUUGUAGGGGUUGAUAAAUGUAAAUGUGGAAAUUUAAAACCCCAGACUUUUUAAACCUCAAAUACACUACGUUUUACAUUUCCUGCAUUUUGUCUGAAUUGUAUCUUUAAUUUUGCCUUAGAUAUUGCAGACAUCUAUACACAACAUAUCGUCCAGCCCUAUCCCAAAAACAUAAUUUGACUUCAGGGUCCAAAAGGGUAAUGAAUUGUGUAAAAAUACAAGCAUUUUUCUGUUCAAUCUACCUGUUUGAUUUGUUUUUCUAUAAAUACAAUGAGUAUACAAUCUUGUAUUGUAGAUAUUGUAACAUGUUUCUGGUUAUUUUUGUAAAUAGUCAUGGGAAACUGAAAAAGAAGCUGCUUGCUUUUAAUGAACUGAGAAGCAGCACCAGGCUGUUUGUGUUGUGUGUGGUGAGUGCAUUUUUCUGAUUAAAUCCAAUGUUUUGACGAAUAGAUAAUUAACUGGUAUACAGUGCAUUCGGAAAGUAUUCAGACCCUUUGACUUUUUCUACAUUUUGUUACAUUACAGCCUUAUUCUAAAAUUGAUUAAAUUAUUAUUUUUUGCUAAUUUAUUAAAAAUAAAAAACAUACCUUAUUUACAUAAGUAUUCAGACCCUUUGCUACGAGACUCGAAAUUUAGUUCAGUUGCAUCCUGUUUCCAUGGAUCAUCCUUGAGAUGUUUCUACAACUUGAUUGGAGUCCACCUGUGGUACAUUCAAUUGAUUGGACAUGAUUUGGAAAGGCACACACCUGUCUAUAUGAGGUCCCACAGUUGACAGUGCAUGUCAGAGCAAAAACCAAGCCAUGAGGUUGAAGGAAUUGUAAGUAGAGCGCUGAGACAGGAUUGAGUCGAGGCACAAAUCUGGGGAAGAGUAUCAAAAAAUGUCUGCAGCAUUGAAGGUCCCCAAGAACACAUUGGCCUCUAUCAUUGUUAAAUGGAAGACUCUUCCUAGAGCUGGCCGCCCGGCCAAACUGAGCAAUCGGGGGAGGAAGGCCUUGGUCAGGGAGAUGGCAAGAACCUGAUGGUCACUGAUAGAGCUCCAGAGUUUCCAGAAGGAAAACCAUCUCUGCAGCACUCCACCAAUCAGGCCUUUAUGGUAGAGUGGCCAGACCGAAGCCAUUUCUCGGUAAAAGGCACAUGACAGCCUAUUUGGAGUUUGCCAAAAGGCACCUAAAGACUCUCAGACCAUGAGAAACAAGAUUCUCUGGUCUGAUGAAACCAAGAUUGAACUCUCUUUGGCCUGAAUGUCAAGCGCCACGUCUGGAGGAGACCUGGCACCAUCAUGCUGUGGGGAUGUUUUUCAGCGGCAGGGACUGGGAGACUAGUCAGGAUGGGAAAGAUGAACGGAGCGCUCAGGACCUCAGACAGACUUCACCUUACAACAGGACAAUGACCCUAAGCACACAGCCAAGACAACGCAGGAGUGGCUUUGGGACAAGUCUCUGAAUGUACUUGAGUGGCCCAGCCAGAGCCUGGACUUGAACCCGAUCAAACAUCUCUGGAGAGACCUGAAAAUAGCUGUGCAGCAGCGCUUCCCAUCCAACCUGACAGAGCUUGAGAGGAUCUGCAGGGAAGAAUAGGAGAAACUCCCCAAAUACAGUUGUGCCAAGCUUGUAGCGUCAUACCCAAGAAGAUUCGAGGCUGUAAUCGCUGACAAAGGUGCUUCAACAAAGUACUGAGUAAAAGGUCUGAAUAUUUUUUUUUUUUUUUUUUGGUGCAAACAUUUGUAAACUUGUUUUUGCUUUGUCAUUAUGGGGUAUUGUGUGUAGAUUGAUGGUGGAGGGGGGGGGGGGCAUUUUAAUCCAUUUUAGAAUAAGACUAACGUAACAAUGUGGUAAAAGUCAAGGGGUCUGAAUACUUUCCGAAUGCACUGUACACUAAAUAGGCUUUAUUUUGUUCAAUAGUCAUUCCAUACUGUCUUUUUCAUGCAAAUUGCUGUAUAUCAAAUUAAAAGUCAUACCUGCAGUUGUGACCAACACAAAUUGUUGUGUCAAAUAAUCAUUCUACUUAUGCCAUGAAUCUAGGGUGAACAGUUUAUUGGAAAAGUGCGUGUUAAACAUGAGUUUAUCAAGAGUUACAAAACAACGAACCUGCAGUCUCUGAUGUCCAAAGUCUCCAAUUUAAUGUUAUGUACUGUGUGCUGUGCCUGAACAGUACCAUAUUAAGGUGUAGUCUACUGUCGAUUUAGUAUAAUUCAAAGUUAAGGUAAAUUAUAUUUUCUCUUAAGUCAAAUUUCCCAAUUGCAUGUACAUUUUAGUUCCUGAAUUUAAAAAAAUUUAAAAGGAAAUUACUCAAUAAUUGUUCACAGUUUCGUCAUGUAACCACAACCACAGAUGGCACAACAAGUGCUUUACCAAAUACCCAUCCCAAAACAGCCACCUAACUGUAGCUGUCAGUCGAUUUGUCAGUGGCUUUGUGCUCCCGCUCCUCAUCAUCUUCUGCUACUCUGUCAUCAUCCUGGGACUGAGGACCAACAGGAUGACCAGGUCCUCCAAGGCCUUCAGAGUCAUGACUGCACUGAUAGCCACGUUCUUCAUCAGCUGGCUGCCCUGCCAUGUCUUCAUCAAUCUGGAGCCAGAUAUUAAAAUUAUCUAA